AUGGCGAUGAAUUCAAUUAAGCUGCUUACGGGCAAUAGCCAUCCCCAGCUUGCGAAGCAGGUUGCCGAUAGGCUUGGUAUCGAGCUUGCGAAGACAAUGAGUCUGAAUUAUUCCAAUCAAGAGACCAGUGUUACAGUUGGAGAAAGUGUGCGGGAUGAAGAUGUAUUCAUCCUGCAAUCCACCGCUCCUGGCGACAUUAACGACGGCCUAAUGGAACUCCUUAUCAUGAUCAACGCCUGCAAAACCGCAUCAGCGCGCCGCAUCACCGCUGUCAUCCCCAACUUCCCCUACGCUCGACAAGACAAGAAGGACAAAUCCCGCGCCCCUAUUAGCGCGAAGCUCAUUGCGAACAUGCUGCAGACUGCAGGCUGUAACCACGUUAUUACAAUGGAUUUGCAUGCUAGUCAGAUCCAAGGGUUCUUCAAUGUGCCGGUCGAUAAUCUCUAUGCCGAGCCGAGUACGCUGAGGUGGAUUCGGGAGAACCUGAAUGUGAGCGAUUGUGUGGUUGUUAGUCCGGAUGCGGGCGGUGCUAAGAGAGCAACAUCCAUCGCUGACCGUCUCGAUCUUGGCUUUGCCCUUAUUCACAAAGAACGCGCCCGCCCUAACGAAGUCUCCCGCAUGGUACUAGUCGGUGACGUCGAGGGCAAGAUCGCCAUCCUAGUCGAUGACAUGGCUGAUACCUGUGGUACGCUUGUCAAGGCCGCCGAGACCGUGAUGGCUCAUAAAGCGCGCGAGGUGGUCGCUAUAGUCACACAUGGCAUCCUUAGCGGCAACGCGAUUGACAACUUGAACCGGAGUUGCCUAAGCAAAGUCGUCGUGACUAAUACAGUGCCUCUGGGGGAUAAGAUAGAGAGAUGUCCGAGGUUGAGGGUCAUGGAUAUCAGCCCGACACUUGCCGAGGCUAUUCGCAGGACUCACAAUGGCGAGAGUGUGAGCUUCCUGUUUACACACGCACCUACAGAUUAG